CGUCUUUUGAUCUCCACAGACGGAUUAUUCUGUUCGUGCUUGCCCAGAUCCCAUCAACUCGCACGUCAUUUGUCUCCAGUGACCAUUUCUGAUCUGCAAUGCAAAGGUGGUAACCUCCCUCCCUCCCAAGUGAUACAGCUGGGCUUGUGUUUGGCCUCCUCUGGCUGGCCUCUCCCUCUCAGCUCGCGCAAGCACACAUGCUGUAACGCCCCGCCAACUCUCAAUUGCGUGACUCUGCCUUCUGAGUUGCGGUGGCACUGCUCUCGUCGAGUGGUCACUGUAGCUGCCUCGUUCGACCCAGGCAAUGAUGCUUUGGCUCGGUCAAGGAGCGGGGGCAGAGUCGGCCGUCGAGCCAUGACGAUAUUGGGCUUGGGCUCUGUGCCUAGGUAACCAGCGAAUGGACCAGCCCGCGCAGUCAGGGACGACCAUCCUCGAGAAAAAGGGGCUGGCCAGAGCCAGAUGUGACCACACGUCGGGUGCUGUGCCGACGACUGCCUUGCCCACCUGUGAUCUAUCACCUCAUCGCCGCCAGCCUCCAAUCGAUAGGCAGGUAGGUAGUCGGCCUGCUAUUUUGGUUUGGUCCAGGGCGGACCUGACCCUGCCCCAGAAUCGACAUGUUGGAUCGGAUCGUUGGCAUGCCGAAAGCCUCCCGAAGCCAGCCCAACUGGACCAUCGGCGGGUCUACAGGGCAAAGCAUGUGUGUCACUUCUCUGCGCGUCGCGUUACCCCCUCGACCGUCAUCUUUCCGGAUGGGGAGCAGGUUCCACGGGUGCAUGGGCAGUGGGGGAUUUGCUGCUGCAUAUCAUAACUGCCGUGCGACGCCCACCCGAGCAUGAGAGGAGAGGAAAUUUCCCGAUCGAAGCGUAACAGCCGUUUGGAUAUACACACCCGUCACACAGCACUCAUCCGCGUUGCCAGAGCUCCCUUAUCCCCUGCCUGUCAAGCUGCUGCCGUGCUACUACUGCGAGGAGCACAAUCAUCUGAAACCAUCCGGGUGUGUCUGCGCUCGACUUCCUCGCCCUCGGCGCUACACUUCUAGAAGUAACAUGGCAGAGCUGGCAACAUUUAAGCUUAUGUCCACGACGGACUCCUCGGGGAGGGGGGCUUGCUCUGGCGAGAUUGCGACCUCAGAGGCAGUCGGAUCCGGCCAUUCAGAUUGAUACGUUGCAACUCGGUGGCACCUCGCGGCAACAGUCACUGGGGGACGGCUGGGCUGGCGGCAGAUGUUCUUGUCGAGGCUGGCGUGCGACAGUGGAGCAUGGGCGUGCUGGGAUUGGCCGGCGCAAUAACCGCAGGUCAACCCAGCGUAGGUUUCUUUUUACUUCCGCUUCAAUAGUUCCUCGCACCGGUAAAGAUGCCUCGUAUCUCACAUACAACAGUUUGCGGCGCGACGCGUUUCCCAGCCUCCAACAAAGCUCGCAAGACACAAGCUCGUUCCCAAGGCCCUGCUCAACCCAACACGCCUUGGUCAUUCCUCCUCUGGACAAUGUCACAUUUGCGGCGCAGUCUGUGCUUCAGAAGGCACCAGAUCCAGAGGCCUGUCAUUUUACUGCUCCCGUUUGGUAGCAAGCACUGGUCAUGCCGUCUUUUACGUUUCAGGCAACCUGCUCCAUUGAAAUACGGGAAGCUGCAGAAAUUAUGACGGCUGGAACGGUGCGCCACCAUGAUUGUCAACCAGGGGCACUUUGACUCGAGGCACCGUCGUCCACUGCUGGGACUCAAUGCGGACGGGGCACCAGAGAUUUCCCGUCACGACUGCACCUUGGCUGUCCUAUCUGACCAGAGCAACCAGGGUCUCCAUUAAUCGAGCCCAAACUGGCUACACAUUGGUCCCAUAGGCGCGCUGCUCCCUAGCUGUACCCCGCCAGUUUCUCCCAAAGGUUGAUGGUGCUUUGGGCAAGGCUGCCGGUGAAUGUACUGGCUAGAGAGGUGCCUAAGUAGCUUAAUGAGACAGGUCACCAUACCUCGGUCACUGGCUUGCCGGGAUGGAGGUCGAUAGCGUGGCGAAGCUGACCCAGCUGCGGACCCAGCUCCGCUCAUCGACACGGCAUCAGGGCUGGCUGCUCAUGGACGACCAGACUGGAAUAUGGGCGCCAGUCAGUAGCCCACUGGUGGCUCCCGCACGGGUACAAGCUCUGUGUUGCUUUCAGGUCAUGUACGCACACCCAUGCUUGUACGGGCCAGAGCUCAUGGGAGAAACAUUGCUCGACACGUUGGCGUAGCUCGUGCCCCCCUUUUGAUCGGCCGUCCACCAUGGACAGAUCCCAACCCCUCAAAGCUUCUGGAACAGCGCUGGAAUCUCUUGAAAGGGCGACGAACAGCGACAUACUCCACUUUCGACACUUGUUGCUGGCUGUCAACCGCGGAUACGCACAGAUUCUCCUCGCCGCAGAACGGAGGUGAAUGGAGCAGCCGUCAGGUAUUCUGGCGGUCAGAGCGGAAGGCUGAAAGCCAGGUGGAGCCGGAAUAUGCAGAGAUGUUUUCACCAUCUGCAGAGAAGCAUGCGCAGAAGGCUGGAAAGCAGCCUCGUUCCCUGUCUGGGGGCAAGGGCAGGGUGCUGGCAACGAUGGGACAUGGUGUCCCCUACCCCAUCCUUCUCCUUCACGCUGAGGGCAGAGCGGCCACGUGUGUCGAGUCAAGCAGGAGUUGUGUCUAGGAUCUCUGAGCCUGGGAGGGGGGGCUUUUCUUUGUUGCACCCUUCUCAGGAAGCCGCCUAGUCUGGUGGCUAGACGGCACCUCCUGCAGCCAUCCGUCAGUCUGCUCUGUCAAAGCUUCUCCUGUACAUUUUCAAACAAGCCAAUGGGAUGUUUGGCUGUGUAUGCUACAAUAUUUGCUGUCAAACUGAUUUGUUUUUCCUUAGCCACAUAUCCGCUGCGUCUUGCAGUCGCCUGUGUUCACCCUUUCGGGUCAGCGCUCCAGCCUGGUGAAAUCAACUGAAACUCUACCUCACCUCGAUCCUGGUGUGGCCAUAAUCACCAUUCUCCUUGUUUCCCGUCCUUAUUGCGGUCCUGAAGGUAUUAGCUAGCUACUCAAGGUAACCGCCGGCCUUGGUUGUUGCUGGGUUGGACUCGCUGCCGAUGAACAGAGACGGAGACAAGGAGCCCCCGGUGCCAUCAUCACUGAGAAAACAAAAUCGAUAGAUCGGGAAAGGCAGCUUUGGGACUGUCACGGAGUCGUUUGACCUUUCCGAUCGGCCUGGCCCCCUGAUGCUGAAGCGAUGCCUCAGCAAAGGUAACAUGGACAGCAGCCGGGCCCGACAAAGUCAUCCUCACCACUCAGCCCAAGAGCGAGCCCAGCAGAACCCGGCACCCGCACCAUUGAUGCUCGUCUGAUCAGCUGCCCCGGCCCCUAUCGCUCACCCCGAUCAGUACUCACUUUGUGGCUUACAACUCGACCCCCAAGAAGAGCGGUGGGCACCGCCCAAACGACCAUCUCUCCGUUCAGAGGCUCGAUUCCAAGACAUCCCGGACAAAGGAGCAGCACCGAGAACACCGCCGACUGCGUCGCCCACGGGAAGAGGCCAGCGGACUUGCAGUUGGUUGCAUGGCCAGUCCCAAGUAAGGAAGAAAGGAAGAGAACAUCUCGGUUCCUUGUACACGCGCCUUGACCGCGCCCACCCAUUCCCAUCCUCUCCGUGCCUUGGUCCUUGGGAGCGAAUGGCCUGGCAAGCCCGACGACGAUCGUGUGGUUGCUUUGCCUGCUUGCUAAUUGAAAAGGGUCCUGGUUUCCCUUUUCUUGCCUGACCUGGCCUCGCCCUGAUUUCCCAGUCUGACCGAGCUGCAAGCGCUGUCUUGCAGUCUGAGUCCAUAUUACCACUACCCGUCCCCCUUGGGCCUGGGUACUAUCUUUCUGGCAUCAAAAUCCCAUCCUCCCCUCUUACACCUGCAUCUUCUCCUACACAUUCGAGACAUUUAGACCAGGGCUCACCGCUAUGUUGUCGCUCGCCUCCCUUCUUAACCCGGCGCCCCCUGGGCCUCCUCCGCCAACUCCUCGGUACCGACCAAGUCCAGCCAUGUCGUCGCCUGCAACAUCCUACUCGGACGACUGCCCAAGUCUUCUAUUCGAACGACACCUCGCCUCUACGACAAAACCAACCAAAAUGGCCAAGGAGUCUGGAGGUUUCGUCAAGUCCAAGGCCAAAGGCCUUGUCAACUACCCACCCUUCGAAAACCUGGAUGAGGGCUCGCUGCGAGAGAUCAAGAAAUACCAAGUAUGCCCCUAUGGCAAGAUCCAGGACUAUUGUCGACAUAUUCCUUACAACAGCGGCAAGAAAGACUUCUACGAGAAGACAGGCCGCGAGAGCUUUGAAGUCUUCCAGUACAUCUUCCAAGUCCCGGGCGAUGAUGCUGAAUAUACCGUCAUGUGGGACUACAACGUUGGCUUGGUCCGGAUGACCCCCUUCUUCAAAUGUUGCAAGUACUCAAAGACCAUGCCGGCCAAGAUGCUUAACAUGAAUCCUGGCCUUCGCGACAUCACGCACAGUAUUACUGGAGGCUCUAUCAUGGCCCAGGGCUACUGGAUGCCCCAUGCGUGUGCCAAAGCCGUCUGCGCGACAUUCUGCGCGCCGAUCGCCGGUGCACUGAUCCCCAUAUUCGGCCCAGACUUCCCUUCCCAAUGCAUAUCCCCUGACGCCCCAGAGUACGGCCGGAUGGCCAUCGACCCUGCCAUCGUCGCGGAGUCUGGGCGUGAGGCCGAGCUCUAUCGCCGCGUGUUUGCCAACGUGAACGCAGUCAACGUUAACGGCCACCUGCCGCUCCACCCUCAGCAAAUGCACCACUACAGUCAUGGCCCAGCGCUCCCAAGCCCAACCAGUAUCCCCAGCCCUCGUCUUGCACGUCGUGGCCUGCAUCGGAACGGAUCUCCAUACGACUUCGAGAGGGAUCGUGUUGACUUUGGUGAACGGUUGUGCUUCAAGAGGGGAAUAGACAGUCCACAUGUCAAGGAGUCUGACCCGGAGAUCCAUGCUGGCCCUGAGACACCCUCCUUGCCUCAUGCACCUCAUCACCGCAGCAUCCCGUAUUCACCAAUGUCACCACCACGCUCCAGCGGCUGGACAGUCGCGAACCACCCAGGACAUGCACACCCGUCCUCAAGUUCGCCAAACAGCCUCCACCCGAACUUCUCUGAGGACUUCUUGUACCCGGGCGGUCCGAACCCGUUACUCAGCGCGAUACCCCGUUUCAACCAUGCGAGCAGGCUUGAACACUACCAGACCUCGCAGAGGCUCCCUCAUGCCCCACAUGCCUCGACAGCAUGGACGGCAUCGAAGCGGCCGGCACCUGAUGCCGAGGCCGGCCCAGGAUUUGGCUACGAUGGCCAGGGCCAGAGCAGCCCGACGGCCACAAUCGCCAUGCCGACGUCUCAAGCCUCUGGAAGUUGUAUUCGAGAUCGGAGCCGUGAGCAGGACGGGCCGUGGUUUGCAUCCAGUUCCGUCGCGACUACCGGUGCCGAGAAGAACGCGGCACUGCUAUUAAUGAACCUGAGCGUCAGAGACCACAGGGAGGUCCGGCGCCGCGACAAGAGGGAGAUAGAUAGCAGGGCAGCGGUGGGCGACCGCGCCCCGCGGGGCUGUGGACAAGAGUCGAUGUCCAUGUCACCAGUGUCGGCAACACCGGAUGGGCAUAGAAGCAAGAGACGAAGGGCAACCUCUAUGUAAGACUAAAUCGGUGUUUUUUUUUUCUUCUUUUCUCCUUUUUGUGCCUGUGUUCUCUUUUCAUUUCCUCCUCAUCCCUGUCUCUCCUUUCAAGCAUUCCAAUCGGUGGUUAAGGAAAUGGCGUUCCGAACUGGGCAUUCAUUACUGUGUUUCUUCUCUACUGGACUACGGGUCGCGUGCGAUAUGAGUUGAUACCUUUUUCUAGGGAUAUGCAAGAAACUAGGCGUGACAGGUCAAUUUGGAAAAUGUUGGAAGCAGACAUACGAGUGGCUUGCUCUCAGGGCGUUCACCACAACCACCACGCCAGUAGCAUCUACUAGGCAAUUAGCACCAAUAGACUCAUAAUGCAGGGCAAA